AUGUUACAAAUGAAUGAAGAGACUGUAGAAAUACUUCAACAAUUAAAUGAAGUAAAACUGCAGCAGCUGAAGGAAACGUUCAAAAAUGAGAAAGACGGUUGCGUAGGGAAAGAAACUUUCACCACGUCUUUCGCGUUUCUUUUCGAUGAUGUUAGCGUGGAGAGCAUUGCUUUAAACGUUUUUGCCCAAAUUGAUAUGCAAAAUGUCGGAUCUAUUACCUGGUCCGACUUUUUAGAUUUUGUGUUGGAGAUCUACAAACCCAAAGAUGAUCACGUCCUGGAGCUUCUUGAAACUGACAUCAUCACUCCGCCGCAUUUAAAGAGGGAUCCGAUUACUAAGAUUGUUCUUAUAGAAACGUCAUUGUAUUUUUGCUAUGCGAUUAUAUCGAAGUACGGUAGCGUCGGUUUGUACGAUGGAAACUUGGACUUUUUAACUUCGUAUCAUGCGCUGAUGGCCAGGGAGGACAUGCAUAGAAAUGAAGCUGAUAAACGCAGGAGGAAUCGUUGGGUAGCUGAUGCGAUGUUCAUCAGCGAAAUUCAAAUGUUUCUUGUAUCCGCCAGCUGCAGAAGCCUGACGGUAUACGACGCUUCCGGACUGCAGCAUGUACCAAUUUGGUUGAUACUUGGAUUCCCAGAUUCUAUUCAGAGUAUGUCAUAUAAUUUCGAUGAAAGAUGUAAAUUGUACCUGGUAAACAAUUGCUGUUAUUCUCUUUCAAACGAAUUGCCGCAUCAGAAAGAAUUUGUUAUAAUAAAAAAUUUGGGAAGACCUCAUGUGGAAUCGGUGAAUGGAUUGGAAUGUUUCCAUAACAGUCGCACGUUUAUCUCAACAAGUAAAGAUCCUACCAAAUCCGUGAUUAUAAAAGAUACUGAAUAUAAGUCUAGUAACUACGUUUUCAAAAUGCGUAGGGGUGUUCAAUGUUUCGCUAUAAGUGAUGGAUUGAAAAGUUUAAUUACUGGAAGCGAUGAUGGAACCAUUCGAAUAUGGAAUUGGUUAGUUCCUUCGAAAGCAACAGCGGUUUUACGAAACCAUAAAUCAGGGAUCAUCGAUAUCGUUCUGCUGGAGUCGCUUAAAAUAUUCAUAAGCUGCUCCAGGGACGGGGUUUUAAAGGUGUGGGAUUUAAUAGAGCAAAAGUGCGUUCAAAGUAUUCAUUUGAACUUUCCCUGUUUCGAGAUCGAAGGUAGAUCAAUCGAGUGGGGUUCCCGCUGCAUCUUCCCUGGCCCCAAGAGACAAGAUAUAAACUACGGCAAAUGGGAAAGAGAUUUCCUUUUAGUAACCUGUUGCAAUUCUAUUAGGAAAAUGAAAUUGCUGUAUAUGGACGGAAGAGAAAGAGACUUUGACUCUCGCAUUCUAUCACCACCGCCGCUAUUGAACAGCGUUUUGAUACCCAAGAAUUGGAAAAUAUUCAAUGUAGAAAACGAGCAUGAGUCUACAGUAGAUGAAAUUGAUGAUUUGUCAAAGUUAAAAUUCAUUUUAGACAAAGAUGUUUUAGGAGAUGGAAAAAGUCAAAUUAAUUAUAAAAUAUCUAAAUUGGAGGAUAAGAAAAUGCAGAUGAGAUGGGCUGUUGAGAAAUGUGCUCCACACCUCGCCUUAGAUUUGUACGAUAUAAAAGAAUUGGAAUUAAGUUCAUCGCUCCCAGUAGAUGUCAACAAGAGGACUAAGAAUUUAUUUGAUAGGACUCAAAGAUUACUUGUGGAUGCUGCGACGAGAUCGGUUAUACUAUCAGAACAAUCUUCGUCUUCUAAAUCUCCAAGAUCAUCUAGAAGCAGUAUUAUUGAAUUUGAUGAUCUAUAA